CCCACAGAACAGUGUAAAAUUUAAAAUUUUGUUCUGUUUUGCAUCCGUUGGUCGUAUGUGGGAGUAUGGAGCUUAUUUUCAAUUUAAAACUGUUUGACGGUCAAGACUUCUUGCUCUGCUAUUUAAACAAUGCCACGUUUUAGAUUGUUUCACUUGCCGUUUGUCAACAAAAUUUUGGAUUUAAUAAAAAUGUCAACGUCACCCAAUAAAUCUCGAAAUGUAGAGAAACAUUUUUCACCUAUCACCUUGCCACAAAGCCCUGCAGGGAUAUCAUCACACAAAAAUCUGACUGGAUUACCUCGAGUUGCAAGGGAUAUCGUUGCAGACUUAUACAAUAAUAUUCAACGAUGGAAUGAUAAUCAUAUAAGAGGAGCAAACAUUACAAAAAGCAUUGCUCAUUUAAAAACAAAUAACAUUGCCGACUAUUCAAAGAACUUGGAGAAUUUAACGAGCGAUUUAUUUGAUGUGGUAGAAAAGUUGUCAGGCAUCUCCGAGGCCUUUGAUUUUCUAUGCAGCCAAAUGAAGUCCUUGGUUAAGCUUCAUAAAAAAACAACUACAUUAUUUAUUUCCAUGCGUAAUGAACAAUUGGCAGAUUUUGUAGAGGCAAUCACGUCUGCGUACAAAGGAGAAUUGAAAGUUAAGAAGUUUGUGUUGGAAAAUAUCGCACAUGCGAAGAACAAAAAUGAGGUAAUGUUUUAUGCUGUGUGUUGGGCACAUCAACAAAAAGUAAAUGUAGAAACAAAUGUAAAAUUGGAAGCAUUGUUAACGGAAACAGGACAUAGACGAAUUAUGUAGUGAUGAAUACUAUAAUGAAGCCUAUAAUUAACAAUAACAGUUUGCAAUAAAGCGGUGACAUCUAAUCUAACUUGGACAAUUUUGUAGGUUAAAAUGCAAGUGAAAAAUUGAAAAUGUAAAUAGUGUUGUACUCUUAGAUCAGUAUGAUCUAAGGAUGUACUUGCCCAUUGCAGUCUUUAAUAACAAGUUUUUUUGUAAAAUUGGCAAUGCUGCAGAAUGAAGUUUCCAGUUUUUAAAACCACCCGCCCGUUAGUAAGGGGGGUUUGCAUGGGUAAAAAAUGACCGCUCAUCUUUUAAUGGAAGAAACAGAAAUCCGAAUUAAACAAAAUCUCGAUGUUGUCGAUCGGUCUGUGCUCUCAUUUUUGGCUAAAUGGCUGAACCGAUUGGAAUCAAAUUUGGUACACAUAUUCUAGACAUAAAAGCAAGAACUGAAAAGCCUUAUUUGGGCAGAACGCGCAUGUGGUGCUAACCACAGCAAAUUUUUUGUUAUAAGUUAAUUAUGAAAAUUUAAGUAAAAUGAAACAAAAAUGCGAAAAA